GUAGUAGGCCUACUUACUAUUCUGAGUACUUUCUCAGGUCAGUAGCCCUAACCACCCCGGCCAGGCGCGGCGCUGUUUGAACCGAGCACCGCGGCUCGCUUUGGGAUCCUGUCGUCCAUCUGUCUGCUUCUUCAACUGGUGUCCAUUGAACGUCGGAAGUUGGUUCUGAUAGUUUAGUGAAACUUGACAAAAUGGCAGAGGACAACAGUUAUGAGUCAAUGCUCUGUGUUAAGCCCGAGGUCCACGUUUACAAGAUCCCUCCGCGGGCUUCGAACCGUGGAUAUCGUGCUGCUGACUGGAAGCUGGAUGAACCUUCAUGGAGUGGCAGGAUGAAAAUUACUGCUAAAGGCAAGAUAGCCUACAUCAAGUUAGAGGACAAAAACACAGGAGAGCUGUUCGCCCAAGCUCCAGUUGAACAGUAUCCAGGGUGUGUAGUUGAAUCAGUAUCAGACUCUAGCAGGUAUUUUGUGAUCCGGAUAGAAGAUGGCAAUGGACGUCACGCUUUUAUUGGUCUGGGUUUUGCUGAUCGUGGAGACUCUUUUGACUUCAACGUAGCUUUACAAGACCAUUUUAAGUGGGUGAAGCAAGAAGGCGAGAUCGCAAAACAGGAAGCUUCUGAUAUCGUAGCACCUAAGCUGGACCUCAGCUUUAAAGAGGGACAGACAAUCAAGAUCAGUAUUGGGAACAUCAAGAAGAGGGAAGCAGGUGGUGCCAAACCGCGGGGAAUGGCUGGGGGUCUCCUCCCACCUCCACCAGGUGUUAAGGCUGGAGGUGUCAUACCGCCCCCGGUGGGACAGCCGCCAGUCUUAGCUGUGGAGACUAACACUGCUUCUCUUUUAGACUUUGGGUCCCCCGGCCCCGCCGCCCCGCCCAGCACCGAUGUGUGGGGAGAUUUCACAUCUGCAGGCGCCAACUCCAGUCAAGAUGGUGUCAAAGCGGGAGGAUGGGUGCAGUUUAGUUGAGUGGUGAGAAAAUGUGAACACACACUCAGGUUCCAAACAUUCCUUGGAUAGCACGAUUGUGGCAAAAAGAAAGUAAAAGAGGAACUGUUGGCAAAUGUAACUGGCUCAUUUGUUUUUGAAUUUGUUCUCAUAAACUACAGCCCACAGACAACACACUUUUUGAGGAACAAACAGUAAACAUGUAAAUAUUUUUUACAAUCCUAUAUAUGUUUCAAACUCUGCCAUGAAGUGGGAUCUUUUGAUUUUAGAAAUCCGGUGAUCACCUAACCAUCAUUAUUGUUAAUGCUUGAAGAGCAGUAAGCAUGGUGAUGGUUAAAAGCAAAGAUUGUUUUGUUACACUAACCAGAUAGAAGUGUCUAUCCACUGCCUUCAAUCAAAUGUUCCCUUAUUUUAUUUCCUUUUUCUAUUCUGUCACUGUUCAGAAUCAGAUUUGAUCGUAUUCUUCGUCUUUAAGACAUCAUGCUCCCAUCCUACAUGUAUCUCAUUUACACCAGCACCACUCAUCUCAAGGUUGUUUUUACCGUUUUGGGAACAUUAGUAUACCUGUUGAGGUGUCCAUGUUUAGUUUAACACCAGUGUGUGUGUUUCUGUUUACUAGUUUUUAGUUUGAGGAGAUCUUGGAAAACUAUUAUGAUAUUUAAUUAGGUUCACAUUAAACCUCUUAAGCCUACAUUAAAUAUACCCAGACUUUUAAAUCAUGGUGUUGGAAAGUCAUAAUAGCAAUUUUUUCUUUUUGUCACACACAUUGGAACAUAUUUUGUUUACGUUUGUCUGUGUGUACGCCUUUCAUCUGUCUUUUCCUUGUGUGUUUUUUUUCUGUGGUUUUAAAAAUGUGCCUUUUACCAAACAGAAUUUUCCUCAAUCUUGUCGCUAAUUUGUAUCGAUUAUUUCAUUAUAAGUGCCUUUCUGGAAACAAUCGAAAUGUAUAAAAUGUAAACCUAUGUCCUCUUGUAAAUAAACAAUAUAUUUCAUUGAC